UGUAAAUAUUUUAUACGAUCCUUUUAAUUACUAUCUCUAUAUUUUUACUCAGUCAAUAAUGUUGUUUUUCUAUCAUUUUAUGUGUUUCUAAUAUCGUUUCAUAGUAUUAUGUGCAAUAUUAAAAAUUUGGUUUUGCUAACCUUUUUUAUUUAUAGUUUACUUGAAGAUCUAUUUAUUUAAUUUAAUUUUAAUUUUACACUUAAAGUUAGGAGAUUAUCCAAAGCAAUUAUUUUUUCAAUCUAAAAUUCUGUGUACUUUGUUUAUUAAGCCUGUUCGAAUAAGGCAGGCAUGAAGGUCUCUACGGAUAGCGGAUCACACAACGAACACACUUGAUUAUACCAUGUUGGUAGUAAUGACGAACACUGUAUGCGUAUCUAGUAUAUAUAUAUAUAUAUAUAUAUCUACCGUGCUUGUUCUUCUGCGCGUUGUGUAUAUAUCCUACAUAAAGCAAUUACAGAAUAUUCAAAUUGUUGAUAAAUUUUCUUGCGUUAGUAAAUAAUUAAACUCUUCAAGAUGGCGAUGGCAAUGUUACAAAGGCGUGCAAAUGUCCGUCUGCCGCCGGAAGUAAAUAGAGUGUUGUAUAUCCGCAAUUUACCAUACAAGAUUACUGCGGAAGAAAUGUACGAUAUCUUUGGAAAAUACGGUGCUAUUAGGCAAAUACGAGUAGGAAACACGGCAGAAACACGAGGAACAGCGUUUGUUGUGUACGAGGAUAUCUUUGAUGCAAAAAAUGCUUGUGACCAUCUCUCUGGAUUCAAUGUUUGUAAUAGGUACUUAGUUGUGCUGUAUUAUCAGAGUAACAAAGCAUUUAAACGAGUGGACGUUGAUAAGAAGUUAGAAGAAAUUGACAAAUUAAAAACUCAGUUCAACCUUAAUGAUGAUACUAAGAAGUAGUAAUGCCUAUGGACUGAAUUUUAUAUACCUAUAAAAUAUGCAUUUAGGCUAUUGUGUAAAUAUAUUCAAACCAAGUGUUUGAAUUGAAUCAAGUGACAGCAACAUAUAUAAGUAUUGCAAACAAUCCAUCUUUUACAUGGUUUAUAGCGUACAUUUUAAAGGGAUAAUUCAUAAUUUUGUAAAUAAUUAAAACUUAAGUAUGUCAGUUUAGUUGUGCUAGGAUAAUAAGUAAACAUUGUAAAUUUAAUAAAGAAAUUUCGACCAUAAA